GCUCCGGGCGGCGGCAUGAAGGGAGGCGGCGCAGAUUCCUGGAGGUCUGACCUGUGCAGCACCAUGGACUCAUCAGAAGAAACUGGAGGCUCCUCUGCAGAAGAGAACUACUUUGUGAACUAUACUUUCACCGACCGCUCCCACUCAGGCCGUGUGGCCCAGGGCAUUAUGAAACUGUGCUUGGAGGAUGAGCUCUUUGCUGAUGUUACAAUCUCAGUAGAAGGCAAAGAAUUCCAGCUGCACCGCUUGGUCCUCUCAGCUCAGAGCUGCUUUUUCCGGUCUAUGUUCACUUCCAAUCUAAAGGAGGCCCACAACCGGGUGAUUGAGCUGCAGGAUGUGAGUGAGAGUGUCUUUCAACUCCUUGUGGACUACAUUUACCACGGGACUGUAAAGCUGAGGGCAGAGGAGUUGCAGGAAACUUAUGAAGUGGCAGACAUGUACCAGCUGACUGCCCUGUUUGAAGAGUGCUCCCGUUUUCUGGCCCGUACGGUGCAGGUUAGGAACUGUCUGCAGGUCAUGUGGUUGGCAGAUCAGCACAGUGACAUGGAGCUCUACGCAGCUGCCAAACACUGUGCAAAGUCACAUUUGUCUCAACUGCAAGACACAGAGGAGUUCCUACAUCUGCCUCUCCGCCUACUGACAGACAUCCUUACAGAUGGCGUCCCAUGCUCUCAGAAUCCAGCAGUUGCCAUAGAAACCUGGAUCAACUUCAACAAGGAGGAGCGAGUGGGCUUUUCAGAGACGCUGCGGUCGAGCCUGAAGGUGGUUGGAGAAAAUGUUCACAUCUACCUGAUUGGAAAAGAGUCAUCACGUACCCAUUCACUCGCUGUCUCCCUGCAUUGUGCUGAUGAUGACUCCAUAAGUGUGAGCGGCCAGAACAGCCUGUGCCACCAGAUCACCGCAGCCUGCAAGCACGGUAGUGACCUGUAUGUCGUUGGUGGCUCUAUUCCACGACGCAUGUGGAAGUGCAACAAUGCAACUAUAGACUGGGAAUGGUGUGCCCCUCUGCCCCGGGACCGGCUCCAGCACACCCUUGUGUCUGUGCCAAGCAAGGAUGCAAUAUAUUCGCUGGGGGGGAAAACUCUGCAGGACACACUCUCUAAUGCUGUCAUCUAUUACAGAGUACGAGACAAUGUCUGGACAGAGACCAGCCAGUUGGAAGUGGCAGUGUCUGGAGCUGCAGGUGUAAACCUUAAUGGUGUCAUUUACCUACUGGGUGGGGAGGAAAAUGACUUGGAUUUCUUCACCAAGCCCUCCCGGCUAAUUCAGUGCUAUGACACCAACACGGAGAAGUGCCAUGUGAAGCCGUACGUGCUGCCUUUUGCGGGGCGCAUGCAUGCUGCUGUGCACAAGGAUGUGGUGUUCAUCGUGGCUGAGGGGGACUCGCUGCUGUGCUACAAUCCCCUGCUGGAUAGCUUCACCCGCCUGUGCCUGCCAGAUGCCUGGAGCUCAGUGCCCUCCCUCUGGAAAAUUGCUAGCUGCAAUGGCAGCAUCUACGUCUUUCGUGACCGCUACAAAAAGGGUGAUGCAAACACUUUUAAACUUAACCCCGCCACCUCUGUUGUAACAGUCACAAGUGGCAUCAAAGUGCUGCUCACUAAUCUGCAGUUUGUCCUGGCCUAA